AUGGCGGCCGCAACUGUGGUGGUUCCCGCAGAGUGGAUAAAGAACUGGGAGAAAUCAGGGAGAAGCGAAUUUUUGGAGCCUGCCGCCUCCUUUGCACGAAGUCCGAGGAGGGUGAACCGUCCCGGACUCUCCCCUUCUCUCCGCCCGCCGCCGAGAAGCCCGGGGCGUCGUGAAGAGCCCCGUUUGGCACCUCUGGUCCUCCGGGGGAGCGGUGUCUUGGACUGUCCCGGCCUUGCGCAGCGCCACGGGCCGUGGGGAAGAGUGGCCGGGAUUGCCGUUUCCCCGAAGACCUAUCGGCAUUUCUUUGCUCCGUCUUUUCACCUUGGAGCUAUUUCGGAUUUCCAGCAAGCUCUCUAUGAGUUGUCAUACCAUGUCAUUAAAGGAAAUCUAAAGCACGAACAGGCAUCUAAUGUUCUUAAUGACAUUAGUGAAUUUCGUGAGGAUAUGCCUUCCAUUCUUGCUGAUGUAUUCUGCAUAUUAGAUAUUGAGACAAAUUGUUUAGAAGAAAAAAGCAAGAGAGACUAUUUUACACAGUUGGUAUUAGCAUGUUUGUAUUUAGUUUCAGACACAGUUCUAAAGGAACGCCUGGAUCCAGAAACAUUGGAAUCAUUAGGGCUUAUCAAACAAUCACAGCAAUUCAAUCAAAAGUCUGUUAAAAUCAAGACAAAACUUUUUUAUAAGCAACAAAAAUUCAAUUUGUUAAGAGAAGAAAAUGAAGGUUAUGCCAAGCUGAUUGCUGAAUUGGGGCAAGAUUUAUCUGGAAAUAUUACUAGUGAUUUAAUCUUAGAAAAUAUCAAAUCUUUAAUAGGAUGCUUUAAUCUGGAUCCCAAUAGAGUUUUGGAUGUCAUUUUAGAAGUGUUUGAAUGCAGGCCAGAACACGAUGACUUCUUUAUAUCUUUAUUAGAAUCUUACAUGAGUAUGUGUGAACCGCAAACACUGUGUCAUAUUCUUGGGUUCAAAUUCAAGUUUUACCAGGAACCAAAUGGGGAGACUCCAUCAUCUUUAUACAGAGUUGCAGCAGUACUUCUGCAAUUUAAUCUUAUUGAUUUAGAUGAUCUUUAUGUACAUCUUCUUCCAGCUGAUAAUUGCAUUAUGGAUGAACACAAACGAGAAAUUGUGGAAGCUAAGCAAAUUGUUAGAAAACUUACGAUGGUUGUGUUGUCUUCUGAAAAAAUUGAUGAGCGAGAGAAAGAAAAGGAAAAAGAAGAGGACAAAGUAGAUAAGCCACCUGACAACCAAAAACUUGGUUUGUUGGAAGCCUUGUUAAAGAUUGGCGAUUGGCAGCAUGCACAGAACAUUAUGGAUCAGAUGCCUCCGUACUAUGCAGCUUCACAUAAACUAAUAGCCCUUGCUAUUUGCAAGCUAAUCCAUAUCACUAUUGAGCCUCUUUACAGAAGAGUUGGCGUUCCUAAAGGUGCUAAAGGCUCACCUGUUAAUGCUUUGCAAAACAAGAAAGCACCAAAGCAGGCAGAAACUUUUGAAGAUUUGAGGAGAGACGUAUUCAAUAUGUUCUGUUACCUUGGUCCCCACCUUUCUCACGAUCCCAUUUUAUUUGCAAAAGUGGUGCGCAUAGGCAAGUCAUUUAUGAAGGAGUUUCAGUCUGAUGGAAGCAAACAAGAAGAUAAAGAGAAAACGGAAGUUAUCCUUAGCUGUUUGCUUAGCAUUACUGACCAGGUACUACUUCCAUCUCUUUCUUUGAUGGACUGCAAUGCUUGUAUGUCUGAGGAACUAUGGGGGAUGUUUAAAACAUUUCCCUAUCAGCAUAGAUAUCAUCUGUAUGGCCAGUGGAAGAAUGAAACUUAUAACAGUCACCCACUUUUAGUAAAAGUUAAAGCUCAAACAAUAGACAGAGCCAAAUAUAUCAUGAAGCGUUUAACCAAGGAAAAUGUGAAGCCUUCAGGAAGACAAAUUGGGAAGUUGAGCCACAGCAAUCCAACCAUUUUGUUUGAUUAUAUCUUGUCACAAAUACAGAAAUAUGAUAAUUUAAUAACACCUGUAGUUGAUUCAUUGAAAUACCUCACAUCAUUGAAUUAUGAUGUCUUGGCCUAUUGUAUCAUUGAAGCUUUGGCUAAUCCAGAAAAGGAGAGAAUGAAACAUGAUGACACAACCAUCUCAAGCUGGCUUCAGAGUCUGGCUAGUUUCUGUGGUGCGGUUUUUCGUAAAUAUCCAAUUGAUCUUGCUGGUCUCCUUCAGUAUGUGGCCAAUCAACUCAAAGCAGGCAAAAGUUUUGACCUGCUUAUAUUAAAAGAAGUGGUACAAAAAAUGGCAGGAAUAGAAAUUACAGAGGAAAUGACAAUGGAGCAACUAGAGGCCAUGACUGGUGGGGAGCAGCUAAAAGCUGAGGGUGGUUAUUUUGGCCAGAUUAGAAACACUAAAAAAUCCUCUCAGAGAUUAAAGGAUGCAUUAUUGGACCAUGAUCUUGCUCUUCCUCUCUGUUUGCUUAUGGCUCAGCAGAGGAAUGGGGUAAUCUUUCAGGAAGGCGGAGAGAAACAUUUGAAACUUGUGGGAAAGCUCUAUGACCAGUGUCAUGAUACCCUGGUACAAUUUGGUGGGUUUUUAGCAUCAAAUCUAAGCACAGAAGAUUAUAUAAAGCGAGUGCCUUCAAUUGAUGUGCUCUGUAAUGAAUUCCAUACACCCCAUGAUGCAGCAUUUUUUCUGUCUAGGCCAAUGUAUGCGCAUCAUAUUUCGUCAAAGUAUGAUGAACUUAAAAAAUCAGAAAAGGGAAGUAAACAGCAGCAUAAAGUUCAUAAGUACAUUACGUCAUGUGAGAUGGUGAUGGCUCCUGUCCAUGAAGCAGUGGUCUCCUUACAUGUUUCCAAAGUCUGGGAUGACAUCAGCCCACAAUUCUAUGCCACAUUCUGGUCAUUGACAAUGUAUGACCUUGCUGUUCCACAUACCAGCUAUGAACGAGAAGUCAAUAAACUUAAAGUCCAGAUGAAAGCAAUUGAUGACAAUCAGGAGAUGCCUCCAAAUAAAAAGAAAAAAGAGAAGGAGCGUUGUACUGCUCUUCAGGACAAACUUCUUGAAGAAGAAAAGAAACAGAUGGAACAUGUACAGAGAGUUCUACAGAGACUGAAAUUGGAAAAGGACAACUGGCUUUUAGCAAAAUCUACCAAAAAUGAGACCAUCACAAAAUUUCUACAGCUGUGUAUAUUUCCUCGAUGUAUUUUUUCAGCAAUUGAUGCUGUUUACUGUGCUCGUUUUGUUGAAUUGGUACAUCAACAGAAAACUCCAAAUUUUUCCACACUUCUUUGCUAUGAUCGAGUUUUCUCUGACAUCAUUUACACAGUUGCAAGCUGUACUGAAAAUGAAGCUAGUCGAUAUGGGAGAUUUCUUUGCUGCAUGUUAGAGACUGUGACCAGGUGGCAUAGUGAUAGAGCCACAUAUGAAAAGGAAUGUGGAAACUACCCAGGAUUCCUUACCAUAUUACGGGCAACUGGAUUUGAUGGUGGAAAUAAAGCUGAUCAAUUAGAUUAUGAAAAUUUUCGGCAUGUUGUACAUAAAUGGCAUUACAAACUAACCAAGGCAUCGGUACAUUGCCUUGAAACGGGCGAAUAUACUCACAUCAGGAAUAUCUUGAUUGUGCUAACAAAAAUACUUCCUUGGUAUCCAAAAGUUUUGAAUCUGGGUCAGGCUUUGGAAAGAAGAGUGCAUAAAAUCUGCCAAGAAGAAAAAGAGAAGAGGCCAGAUCUAUAUGCAUUGGCUAUGGGCUACUCUGGGCAGUUGAAAAGUAAAAAGUCAUACAUGAUACCUGAAAAUGAGUUUCAUCACAAAGACCCCCCUCCGAGGAAUGCUGUGGCCAGUGUACAAAAUGGGCCUGGUGGUGGGCCUUCUUCAUCAUCGAUAGGAAGUGCAUCUAAAUCAGAUGAAAGCAGUACUGAGGAGACUGAUAAAUCAAGGGAGAGAUCUCAGUGUGGUGUGAAAGCUGUUAAUAAAGCUUCUAGUGCCACACCAAAAGGGAAUUCAAGCAAUGGAAAUAGUGGCUCAAACAGCAGCAAAGCUGUUAAAGAAAAUGACAAAGAAAAAGGGAAAGACAAAGAAAAAGAGAAAAAAGAAAAGACUCCAGCUACUACUCCAGAGGCCAGGGUACUUGGUAAAGAUGGUAAAGAAAAACCAAAGGAAGAGCGGCCAAAUAAAGAUGAAAAAGCAAGGGAGACCAAGGAAAGAACGCCUAAGUCUGACAAAGAAAAAGAAAAAUUCAAGAAGGAAGAAAAAACUAAAGAUGAGAAAUUCAAGACGACUGUUCCCAUCGUAGAAUCAAAAUCGACUCAAGAAAGGGAAAGAGAGAAGGAGCCAUCCAGAGAAAGAGAGAUAGCAAAGGAAAUGAAAUCAAAGGAAAAUGUUAAAGGAGGAGAAAAAACAACAGUUUCUGGGUCCUUGAAGUCACCUGUUCCCCGAUCAGAUAUUGCAGAGCCUGAAAGGGAACAAAAACGCCGCAAAAUUGAUACCCACCCUUCUCCGUCACAUUCCUCCACAGUAAAGGACAGUCUCAUCGAACUCAAGGAGUCUUCCGCAAAGCUCUACAUUAAUCAUACUCCUCCACCACUGUCCAAGAGUAAGGAGAGAGAAAUGGACAAGAAAGAUUUGGACAAGUCAAGGGAAAGAUCCAGAGAAAGAGAGAAAAAAGAUGAAAAGGACAGGAAAGAGCGGAAAAGGGAUCACUCAAACAAUGACCGGGAAGUGCCACCAGACUUAACCAAGAGGCGGAAAGAGGAAAAUGGAACAAUGGGGGUUUCAAAACACAAAAGUGAAAGCCCAUGUGAGUCUCCUUAUCCAAAUGAGAAAGACAAGGAAAAAAAUAAGUCAAAAUCUUCAGGCAAAGAAAAAGGCGGUGGUGAUUCAUUUAAAUCUGAGAAGAUGGAUAAAAUCUCUUCUGGUGGCAAGAAGGAAUCCAGGCAUGAUAAAGAAAAGAUAGAAAAGAAAGAGAAAAGGGACAGUUCUGGAGGAAAGGAAGAGAAGAAACAUCAUAAGUCCUCGGACAAGCACAGAUAAUGAAGACUUUCAGCCAAGGGAAUGGACAGACCCCUAAGCUGAAGGUCUCCCAGAGGCGGAUGCCAAAGCUCCAUGCGUCACUCUAAGAACGAUCUCUCCCAUAAUUAAGAGCUUCUGGUGCUGUCCAUUUAAUGGGAAUCUGCUUUAAGUCAGAAGAUGAAUAUACACCAAUAUCCUCUUGAUGAGACAUUCCAAAGUCACUGAUUUUCAGAACAUUAUUUUCACCUCCAAGCAGUUUCUUGCAGCAAGGUCCCUGUGCAUACAAUUUUUACUUGAGAUACGCCAUCCAGAAGCAGCAUCUAAUGAAAAUUUCACUAACUAACUGAAUUUUAGUUCAUCCUUCUUUCUCAGAAAGGAGAGGAAACCACGUCGUGGAACCAGUUCCUUAAAGAUGUAGAUAGGCUGUCUUUGUGUGCGAACUCCUAUAAGUUUGACAACGUUGGGAUGAUUAUGUCACUUGAGGAUUUUGGCUUCUUGUAAAAAUUUUAAUUUCAGUUCCUGGAAAAGAUCUUCUUUACAUGUUUUAAUAUCAACAUGAAUUUUAUCCUUUAAUGUCCCCUUAAGUAUGUCAUUACAAUUUCCCUUGCCUAGUAAUUCUCCUAAUGUGAUGUCUUCAUGAUUGAGAACCCAUUUCUUAUUCUACUAAUUAUGGUCAUAUGGACACCAUAAUGUUCUUUAUUGGAACAUUACCUUUUUUUCAAUUUAAGAAAUUGAGAUAUUCACCAUUUUAAAGUGUACAAUUCAAUGGUUUUUAGUAUAUUCAUUAUAUUGUGCAAUCAUCACCACUGUCUAAUUUCAAAACAUUUCUCUCACCUCCAAAAGAAGCCCCAUGUUUGUUAGCAGUCACUCUUAAUUCUCCCCUUCCUCCAACCCCUGAAAACCACUAAUGUACUUUGUACGGAUUUGCCGAUUUUGGACAUUUCAUAUGAAUGGAAUCAUGCAAUACUGUGGCCUUUUGUGUCCGGGUUCUUUCACUUAGCAUCAUG